CUCAUUUCACUCUGCUCCAGGAACAGAGUACAGACAAUAUCCUAGGCACAAGGUGGACACAGUAAGGAAGAGAGAGUGGAACUUUCCAAGUUCCUCACCAAACCAGGUGAAAUUCAGACAUGGACAUGGAGUACUUGCCAUCCUACGAGAUGUCCUGGGGUACCUUGGGUACUGUAAGGCCCUUCCUUAACUUCCAUGCUAAGAAAGAUGCUCUGAACAUUCAGACUGCUCUGCAACAGAAAGAUGCACCUACUCUGAUAAAAAUCCUGACCAACCGCAGCAAUGCUCAAAGACAAAUCAUCGCUCAGAUCUUCAAAACCAUCACCGAGAAGGAGCUGUCCUCUGGGCUGAAGAAGGCCCUGUCUGGGGAGUUGGAGAAUUUGCUGUUGGCCUUGCUGAUGACCCCACUGCAGUUUGAGGCCUAUCGUCUGAGACAAUCCAUGGAGGGCAUUGGCACAGAUGAGGAGGGUUUGCUAGAGAUUCUGUGCACCAGGUCACCCAAGGCGCUUGCCAACAUCACCUCCACCUACAAGGAGCAGUAUAAUAAGGAUCUGGAGACGGACCUGAAGGGUGAGACCAGUGGGGACUUUGCCAAACUCGUCCUGGCCUUACUCAAGAAGAAAAAGGUAGUAGGAAUGGUGCAAAGAGACACAGAGGCUCUCGCUGAAGCUAUCAAUCAGGCGAAGGCAGAUCCUGGACCAUGGAUCACCAUUCUGACUACCAGAGACUCUGAACAUCUUAACAAAGUGUUCGUCAAUUUGGAGAGUGAGAAGCAAGAGACAGUGGAUAAAGCAAUAGAGAAAGCAUUCAGUGGAGAUGUGAGACUUGGGCUGAAAACAUUGGUGCGUUGCAUACAGAGCCCAAACCUCUACCUGGCUCAGAGACUGGAGACCAUGAAGGCAGCCAUAGUCCAGGGGGUGAUGGUGUCCCACAGUGAGGAGGAUCUGCUGUGUGUGAGAGUGGCUUAUCUCAGAAAGACGGGCACCUCACUCUAUACAGCCCUACAGAAACAAUUCAAAGGUGAUCACCUACAAGCACUGCUGGCUAUCUGUCGAUCUGAAGACUAAAGGAAUGAGUUUUGUGUACAAUUUCACAUUAGCUCAGCCUACACAUUACUAUUCACAUUUGUGUAUUUACAGUAGACAGAUGUAGGAUCUUAAUUUGAGCCAGUUUGCUACAGCAGGAAAACAAUCCUGCAUCAACUGGAAAUGUAAAUUGUUAUGUGGAUUAUAAUUAAUACCAAAUAUUGUAGCGGUUGAUACAUUUUCUUAAGGAAAAAUCAAGUCUGAAAUCAAGUGAAAAUUACAAACUUCAGAAGUCUUUUUAAACAUUACAUUCCCAAAUUAAGAUCCUACAUCUGUAUUGCUCUAUGUCUCAUUCCUGCACGAAAAUCUAACUUUGUCCUAUUGCUAAUGCUCAUAAUGCCUAUUGUUACAGUAAAGUCACACCUUCAAGUGUACUUUAAUUUGAAGUGUACUUCCAUACAUACUUUUAUGAAAAUAAAAAUUGGAUUACAAU